AGCUCGGGGCUUUGCUCCGUUUCCCUAGCAACGGCCUCCGGAACGGAUAAAUGGCCACCUAGUGAUUUGUCGGACUGUGCCGGGUCUGGGCCGCUUGUUACCAACUCAUAAAGCCUUGCAGCUCGGUAGACCCGAUGUUUCAUGGAACAGUCACAGAAGAGCUAACCAAUCAUAGAGAAUGGAGUCACUAUAAUGAAAAUAUAAUAGAAGAUCAAAAAGAUUAUGUUUUUGUGAAGUUCAGUGGCCUUCAUUUAAAAUCUAUGGAAAGUUUUCAAUCUUGUAUCUCUCUUAGAGUGUGCAUCUUCUCAAACAAUUUUAUUACAGAUAUUCGUCCACUUCAGAGUUGUAUAAAAUUAGUCAAACUUGAUCUCCAUGGAAAUCACAUCAAGAGUCUACCAGAUACCAGAUUUUGGAGUGGAUUGAAGAACCUAAAACUUCUCUAUCUACAUGACAAUGGGCUUGCAAAGUUAAAGAAUGUAUGUAUAUUAUCUGCUUGUCCAAGCCUCAUUGCCCUCACUAUGUUUGAUUGUCCAGUAAGCCUUAAAAAAGGAUAUAGACAUGUUCUUGUCAACAGUAUAUGGGCUCUCAAAGCACUGGAUCAUCAUGUGAUUUCUGAUGAAGAAAUAAUUCAGAGCUGGCAUCUUCCUGAAAGAUUCAAAACAUAUAACCACCGACUUUUCUUUAAUUUCUGCCCUGCUUUGAAAAAGGGAUCAACCUAUAAGGAUGAAAUUGAUAAUAUCAAAUUUAUUAUUUCAAAAAUUAAUGAAAUUCUGGCUCAUAACUCACCAGUUUUGAUUGUUCAAAGAUGGAUACGUGGUUUCUUAGUUAGGAAAAAAGUGAGCCACUUGUUCUUGUAUAAAAAACAUCAGGAAAAAACUAUUAGUGAAAGUGAAAAAAAAUGGAUUUACAAACACAAAGGAUUUGAAGAUAAGCUCUUUAAGGAUCUCUUAUUUCAUCCUGGAACCAAUAUAACAGAAAAGUAUGCACGUUGGAAACAUAAUAUACAUUCUCCUGUUGAUUUAAAAUUUUCUAGUGAACAGAGAAAACAUGUUUCUUCUAUUUUAUAUGAAUUAAGAACAGGAAAACCAAGACAUCUCAUUCAAAAAGGUCAGAAAGCGUCUGAAGAUAAAAUUGAGGAUGAAGAAUUGGAUGUCAAUUUUAGGAUAUCAAUGUUCAAACUACCAGUACAUACUUCAGAUUCACUGAGGUAUGCUGCAUUAUUGAAAGCAAAAGAACAAGAUUAUUUUCCUGUGUAUACCGAGCCACUUUCUACCACUCAUCAAAAACCAGUAAUUAAAAUAAAAGACAUGCUGUUGGAGAAGAGUGUAAGAAGAGAGUUUUUUACAACACAAAGAACUGGUAUGAAACUCCAAGCACUUUAUGAUAUUGAUAAAUAUUGCUCAGAACAAAAGAAGCAGGCAAGCUAUAAAAAUAAAGUAACAGCUGUAAGCGUGGCACAAGUGGCCCAAGAACGAGUUAGAUUAACUAUUCAAGAAAAUUUAAAUAAGAAAAUAUAUGCUACACAUAAACUAACUGCAAGAGAUAAUAAGACCAUUCAGAAUGGUUUACAACGACUUUGGCAGGACAGAUCCAACUACCUUGAGAAAGUUAAAGAGAGGAGAGUCCUGUUUCUGGAAGAAAAAAAACAAAAGGCUAAAGACCGUUUAUUAAUUCAAAACUUAAAUAAUGAGCGCGCUCUUUUGACCAAAGAAAUGACUAAAAUUGACAGAUUGGAGAAGAAGCAGGCUGUCUUAAAAGAGAAGAGCCUAAUUGUUCAGCAAAAACUGGCAACUGAAAAAUAUCAAAAGGAUUUACUUAAACAAAUGAAGGAAAUUAGGGCUCAAGAAAUAUAUAAAAGACACUGUGAAGAAAAGAUUGUUAAUGAUAUAAUUGCCUUUCAAAAAGCUUGUGAAAGAUUUCAAGAUACUAAAACAAAAGCUGCAAUUGUGAAAAAGAAUUUAAUCCUUAAAGUUCCCGAUGGAAUGACAAAGUGAACCAAUGCCAGAUCACAGUCUAUGGUCAUUUUGAUUUAUGGCCAUUAUUUUUAGUUAAAGCACUUUGAAAUAAUACUAUAAAAGAAGAAGUACUCUAUCUCACAAGAUGGAUUUGUAUGUAAAUCUUCUAAAAAUAUAAAGAGUGAUUAAAAUGUUUCUCUUCUCGAUCAUAAUUUAACUUAAAUCAGGUUGAGUUGGCUCACCUAAAGGUUCCUUACAUAUCCAGAUACCCAAGGAACAAUGAAAAGUGAUUUAAAUUAUUGCAGGAAAUACUGCAAAGGCAUUGCUUGUAUUGUUUCAUAACCUGAGUACAGCAAUUUGUAAGCCAUUCUCAGUUUCUCUGGCAACCUUAGAAUAGUAAUUUCGGCCCCAGCUAUUGACUUAUUAAAACACUGUGUUCUUUGAUUAGUUUCUUUGCCUGCUUUCACAUAUUUAAUUAUAUUUCCUGUUUAUUUUGUUAAAACAAUUUCUUUUUUCAAAAUAAAAGUUUCACCAUUAUAUUGGUGACUCAUGUUCUUAUAAAAAUUCAGAAAAUAUAAAUUGUAAAAGGGAAAUUAAACAUUCCUAUUAACUUCCUAGAAGAUUGUAAGAUUUUUGUAUAUUUACUUUCAAUGUGUUUGCCUUUACAUAUAUGGGGGGCAGAGAGGAGAAAUAGAGAGAGAAAGGAUGCAUGUAAUUGAGUAAUUGUGAUCAUAAAGUAUUCAGAAAUGGUAUAUAUUCAUUUUAAGUCUAUUUAAUACAUAUUCAUGGUGUAGAAUUUGAAAAAUAAAGAACAAUAUAAAAAGAUACAAAAAUUCUUUGUAAAAUUUUAGUCGAUUUUCAAUAGUAUUUUCAAUCUAGAAAGAUAAAUGUCUCACUUACUAUGACAUUGCUCACUUAAUACAAUGUAACUAAUGCCAUUCAAAAU